GGGAGGAGCCUGGGCGCGGAGCAAGUUUGUGGGGAAAGUUGAGCGCAGCGAGGAGCCGGGCGGUGGCUGGGGCGUGCGGGAGGGCCAGACCCCGAUCUCCCCGCUGCUCUUCAGGUGGCCUGACGCUGACAGAGGCAAAAAUCUGCUAACUCAGGGGGCAGACUCAACCAGGGCUGCGAGCAGGCCUGGGGAAUGACCCCCCGAUCUCCAACCAGCGCCUUCCACGGCUGCACGGCUGUCUCAAGCUGUCUCUGCCUCUGUGCCUGGCCCUUGCCCUGUCCCUCGAUAGCAUCACCCUUACCUGCCACAUGGGCCCUCUGUCUCCUACCAGGACCAUGCGCCUCUGGGGGCCUCGGAGCCUGGGGUUGGCUCUGGGAGUCUUCAUGACCAUCGGAUUUGCCCUCCAGCUCUGGGGGGGCCCCUUCCAGAAGAGGCUACCAGGCCUGCAACUCCGACAGCCCUUGGCCCCAUCCCUGGGAUCAGCUGUUUCAUCCUGCCCACCCCGGCAGCGACUUGUGUUCCUGAAGACGCACAAAUCUGGGAGCAGCUCUGUGCUGAACCUGCUUCAUCGCUACGGGGACCGACACGGGCUGCGCUUUGCCCUCCCUGCCCGCUACCAGUUCGGCUACCCAAGGCUUUUCCAGGCCUCUCGGGUCAAAGGCUACCGCCCUCAGGGUGGAGGCACCAAGUCCCCCUUCCACAUCCUCUGUCACCACAUGAGGUUCAACCUGAAAGAGGUACUCCAGGUCAUGCCCUCUGACAGCUUCUUCUUUUCCAUUGUCCGAGACCCAGCAGCUCUGGCCCGCUCUGCUUUCUCCUACUAUAAAUCCACGUCAUCAGCCUUCCGCAAGGCACCAUCCUUGGCUGCCUUCCUGGCCAAUCCUCGAGCCUUCUACCGGCCUGGAGCCCGUGGGGACCACUAUGCACGCAACUUACUCUGGUUUGACUUUGGCCUCCCCUUCCCCCCAGAGAUGAAGACCAAGAGAGGGAAUCCUCAUCCCCCUGGAGACCCCAAAUCCCCACAGCUGAAUGUUUUGCCUUCUGGCGCUGGCCUGAGAGCCCACUAUACCCUGGAUCCCAGUGCUCUCCUCCAUCCUGCUCCUACAGUUGCUGGUGGUCACAGCCAGACAUCCAGCCAUGCCUCUUUGGAUUUGGGGUCUUCAUCCUUCAUCCAGUGGAGUCUGGCCUGGCUGGACUCUGUCUUUGACCUGGUCUUGGUGGCCGAGUACUUUGAUGAGUCACUGGUUCUACUGGCAGAUGCCCUGUGCUGGGGUCUAGAUGAUGUGGUGGGCUUCAUGCACAAUGCCCAGGCUGGAGGUGAGCAGGGCAGAAGUGCGGUCAGCAGUGGUGGACUGACUGCUGAGGACAGGCAGCUGACUGCACGGGCCCGAGCCUGGAACCACCUGGACUGGGCUCUCUAUGUUCAUUUCAACCACAGUCUGUGGGCACGGAUCAAUCAGUACGGCCAGAGCCGGCUGGAGAGUGCUGUGGCCGAGCUCCGGGCUCGCCGGGAGGCCCUGGCUAAACAUUGUCUAGUGGGGGGUGAGGCUUUAGACCCCAAAUAUAUCACUGACCGUCGAUUCCGCCCUUUCCAGUUUGGGUCCGGUAAGGUUUUGGGCUAUGUACUUCGGAGUGGACUGAGCCUCCCAGACCAGGAGGAGUGUGAGCGCCUGGCUACCCCUGAGCUACAGUACAAGGACAAGCUAGAUGCCAAGCAAUUUCCAACAGUCUCUCUGCCCCUUAAGACUUCAAGGCUACUCUCCCCGUAGCCAUUAGACUACUAAGUUUUAGCUUAAAAGCAGCUAAGCCACAAGGGCAAACAUGAUGAGUAUGGGGCAGCCAGAUGCCGUUUCUGUUUCCCUCUGAAAGCAUGUUUGUGCCCUAGACGAUGAGUGGAACUUUGCACAGAUGUGGGCACCAAGUCCUCCCGCCUGUGUGGAGGAAUUCCAGCAGUACCCCUCCCCCAACUUUGCCCCUUCCCCUUUCCAAACCCCUGGCAGGUCCCCGUUGCACUCUCAAAAGUCCCCUGGAGGAGCGAAUCAUGGAGUAAACCAGAAAUAACUUGGAAUUUGUGGGUUGGAAUAAUGCGUCCAUUUCUCUAUGAAUUAUUUGGUUCCAGACUAUGCUUAUUUAACUGUGAAAUGUUUGUGAAUGAAUAAAUAAUUUGAACCUUU